ACAGACCAAUAGCAUUACGUUUUUGUCAAAUGGGACCCACCCAUGAUAGUCACAAACUUCUCCUCAUAUUCCCCGUAUCUUCUCACGCGCGCGUGUAACCCAACCUCCACGACAACAAUCUCUGCAACUAGCUUAGGCACUGUUUGUUGUACAAGAAUUACAAAAUUCCGAGCCAACCAAAAAUCAACGUUCACCCUUCAAACUUCUUUCGAUUUAUCCGAUGAUGUAAUGAAAUCCACCAAAAUACCCUCCACUCAAUUUCAAUUGAACUUUUUUUUUUUGUUCUAUGAUUGCCGUGUGACUGUUCGUUUUUUUUUGGGGUGCAAAUGGAGCUGUUUGAUUCUCAAUUGAAGCUUUUUUUGCGUUUUUAGGAAUCAAUCUUGCCCACAGGAUACUAAGAAAUUGAAAGAUACUAAUUGAGGAGAAUAUAGUAGUGUGUUGUACUCCUUCACAAAGUUCAAAUGGAAGCACGUCCUGCUGUGUCUGUUCAAAAUGUGGUUGCAAGUCAACUUAGUAAUUGUGGUGCAUCAGGGACGCUUUCUUCUUCCCUGUGUAUGUUUCCAACAGCCCUAGGAGAGAAGUACCCUAAGUUUCCAGACUUGCAGCAGGCUUCAAUGGAGAAGGAACUCAAGCAACAUCCUGGAACUGUUGCCUCUUCGUUGCCUUCCAACAGUGGGGCUGUUGGUCAUAUGUUCUCAUCAUCAUCAGGAUUUUCUGCAGAUCUCCAUUUCUCAUCUGUUUCAACCCAGGAAAAACAUUCAGGACCCACAUCUUUCAUUUCUCAGUCAACAUAUAGUGAGACAUCGAUCACAUUUCCUCAUUCGGGAGUUCUUCAAUCCACAGCAUCAAGCCAAUAUUUGAAUGAAAACCAUGAACCCUGGUGUAUAGAUCCAUUACCUAAUUUCCUUGAUUAUUCAGUGGAUACCCCUGUCCAGAAUAGUCAGGUAGCUUGUAGCGAUAAACAAAGUGAUUGGCAGGAAUGGGCAGACCUUGUAAUUAAUGAUGAAGAUGCUCUAACUUCUAAUUGGAACGACAUCAUGGCUGAUACAAGCAUUGCCGACUUGGAGCUGAAGUAUCAGGAGGAAAAACAACCUUUAAAUUUCCAAAUGCAGCAAGUCCAAGAAUCAGAGCAAAUCCCGGCUGUGCCUGUAGAAAAUUUAGCUAUUGCUCCUGCAUCCUCCCCUGCAAGUAGUGCUGCAACAAAGCAACGCAUGCGUUGGACACCAGAACUUCAUGAAGCCUUUGUCGAAGCAGUCAACAAGCUUGGUGGAAGUGAAAGAGCUACUCCCAAAGGAGUGCUAAAAUUGAUGAAAGUUGAAGGUUUGACCAUCUAUCAUGUAAAAAGCCAUUUGCAGAAAUAUCGAACAGCUAGAUAUAAACCAGAAGCAUCAAAGGGGUCUUCAGAGAAGAAACAAUCUUCACUAGAUGAUUUGUCAUCUCUGGACUUAAAAACGGGAAUUGAGAUCACUGAGGCAUUGCGGUUGCAGAUGGAAGUUCAGAAGCGUCUCCAUGAACAGCUCGAGAUUCAAAGAAAUUUGCAGCUGCGUAUAGAAGAACAGGGGCGAUACCUCCAGAUGAUGUUUGAGAAGCAGUGCAAGUCAAUGCCUGGUGUGGACUUGGCUAAAGGCUCAUCAUCCACGGCAGAUGAUGCCUUUGCACAGUUGUCAGAUGCAGUUCAAAAUUCCCCUGGCACAAACGAUCCUGGAGUGUCAAAAUUUGUUACUGCUAAAGAGGUUGAUGAGAAACAGAAACUGCGGGAAAGGGAAGUUCUUGAAGAUCCUGAGACAAAUAUAACCAGCCCAUCUGAUUCACCACCUUUAAAGCGCUCUAAAUUGGAUGAAUAAGGAUUUGUAGGUUCAAAAAACUAUUGGUAGAAUAGUUAUAUUUUGAUGCUUGGAACAUCAAAUCCUUGAUUAGAACAGAGUUGGCUCGUGAGAGCUAAAAAUACCAUGGUAUUCUUUUCAUAGACAAUAUCUAGAGGGGCCACGACAUGUCCUCUCUUUUGAAAUAGAUCAUAAAGAAAUAUUGAACCUGUAUGUUGUAUUCUGGAAAUUGUAGGUUGUCAAAUGUGAAAUGUAAACUGUAUCUCUCUUUCACGACAUGUCAAAUGUGAAAUUGUAGGUUGUCUGAACAUGAAUUGUUCAGUUAUAGUCUUAUGUAUCAGGAAGGAAAAUAGUUCUUGUUGCUUGGAUUCUAAUGAGUCACAUUAUGUAAAUAUAAUCUUUGCUAAA